UGAGCUUUGUGUUAAACCAAGUUUUCUACUGUUUCGCCUUACGAGGCUUCCUACAGAGCUGCUGCAUGCGUCCUGCUAAGGUAACACGGUCCACGAGCCCUGUUUUCCGGAUGCGUAAAAUCAUCGCGGCGCGUUCUACCAUCCGUGAGUCACAAAUGCAUAGCAUUAGCAUUGUCUUUUCCCCCUCAGCUCGUGAGUGUGUGCUUAUCGACUUCACUUCCAAGCAGAACCAGUAUUUUCUCCAGUCAGUUUGGAAUGCAUUGGCGUUGGCAACCUACGAUUGUGGAUUUGCUUUUUAGAAGUGGCGGGAUAUCUGAAGGCGUUUCCUGGUUCUUGAGAGUUUGCAUCGUUCUAUGUCCACGCGUAGUCCUUCGGAAUCUGCCCUCACGGGGCCAGACCUCUGUUUUCUUCCGGGCGUCUAGACAUGUAUCAAGCAUGCGAUGAUCCCGUCUUUUUGAAUCUCAACGCCCUCCCCGGAGUGUUGUCCUCCGGCUCGCUUCCUUGGUUUUCGUGUUCAUGUGUAUGUCCUAAAGUCUCCUAGUACUGAGUAUACACUCAAGGCGGCUCGGGUGUCUCGUCCCUUUCGCUGCCUUUCCGUUUCUUUCUGGGUUCUCUCCAGAGAGGCUGCCUUGAGGCAUGCUCCUCGCAAAGGCCAGAGCUUACGUAAACUGAGGCGCAUCGACGCCUGUUGAGGAACUCGGCAUCGAAAACGCCUUCAUAUUUGUGGAGAAGACAAACCCGUAGGUCGAAUUGGUUUUUCAUUCCAGUAAACACUCCUGGUUGGCCUGAUGGAUUCGAGUGAUGCCGGCAUCAGCGCCUCAGGCGCGUCUGACUCUGUCUGCAAUGCUUCUUCGGGGAAAACGAAUCCUACGUCCGAAACACAGCCGAAUCCUCCACCUCCUUCCCCUUCAAAACAGAGACAUUCGAACAGUUUGCCGUCUUCUUCCUCCCCGUCUUCUUCGCCUGCUGCUUCCUCGCCCAUUUCGUCUUUUUCCGAGUCUCCCUCCCCUCCGUGUGUUUCUCCUUCUCUUAUCUCUGCGCCUUCAUCUUCUUCCUCUGCGUCUUGCUCGGCUGCCCCUGCCUCCUCUUCUUCGCCUCUUCGUUCCUCGUCGAGCUCGCAGACUUCUGUGACGGCUGCGUUGCCACACCCGGCUGAGCUGAGUGUUCUGCAGGCAACAGAAGUUUGCCGACAUUUGAUGCAGACCCGAAGAGCCAAGGUUCGCGACAGGAAGACGGCCAAGAGGAUUGCCAAGCGAUUUCCGAAUGUCAACAAAAUUUGGGCGGACCUCAGCUUCGAUUUAGAUGACGACGGGACCAGAUGCGACAUCUGCGGGAACUACGACUCUUUGCCAGGACAUGACGAGAUGCUUCUGUGCGAUGGCUGUGACGUGGCAGUCCACCAGACCUGCUACUACGUCAAAACAGUCCCGAAAGCAGACUGGUAUUGCCAGUACUGCGAAGAAAAGAACAAAGCAAAGGCAAAUGUCGCAAAACUCCAGCGCCUCGCUGCCAAGGCGUCUGGGAAGGCAACCGACAAGCAAGUCGAAACAACUCUGAAAACAGAAGUGGAUCGCCUGACGGGAGAGAUGGAGUCCGUCUGCGUCUUGCCGAAACGCUGCCCUCUCUGUCCUCGGAGCUUCGGGGCUCAUGUGCGCUGCGGCGAAGAUUUCCGGAUGUGGGUGCACGUAAACUGCGCCGUCUGGGUCCCCGAAACUUGGAUCGUCGGCGUGGACUAUGCUGGUGGUCUCGAAGGUAUUCCUGCUUGGCGAUUCGAAACACUCUGUGACAUUUGUGGAGUUGAUGAAGGCGCCGUGGUCAAAUGCUCUGUCGGCGAUUGCCCUGCUCUCUUCCAUCCCAUCUGCGCCAUCAUCGCCGGCUAUGGCAUGAAUCUCACAGGGCAAAUUGACUAUGUGAGAAAGAACGACACGACGUUCCAUGCAUUUUGCUUGCGACAUCGAGGCUACACAUUUCGAGAGUCUGUGGAUGCGGAAGAACCGGUGGAGUAUCUGUACAGACAUCCCGAUGCGGAACACCCCUUUCUUCGGGUGACGAAUCUCGUCCGCAGAAAUCGUGACAUUAUCUUUUUCACCAAGCAAUGCCACGCAGAGAACUCGACAUGGGGCUUGCGUCUCGGCGCCUACCUGAUCAAGGAACUGAACGAAAAUCUCGUUGCCCUACGAGCUGUGUGGAAGCGCAUCGACGACAUCUGUGCCCCCCGUUCGCAGCCUUCUUCCGCCUCUUCCAGCAUCUCUUUAGAUAACAGAAAAGCGCUUCCUGUGGGGAGUCUCGGCGACGAAGGCAGGAACGCUGAGGAUGUAGAAAUGCAUACUGAUUCUACGCAAGGCGCAUCCGUCCCGACGCUCACCGGAUAGUCUACUUUUGAGACGAAGAGAAUUCGAGAAACACACAAAACGAUGAGCAAAUCAACAGUUGAUUCCACUUUUCAGCUGACUGUCGUACAAACUUCUCGCGAAUAAAAGUGAAUUUAAGCACUUGUCACCCUUCAGACAGCUUCGACUUGAGGGGAAACUCAGGAGUCCAGUGAGUAAUCUUGACACGGAUGCAUCUCAGAGUGAGUGGUCUUUUUUCGGCGCUUCUGUCCCCGUCUUUGCGAAGCAGAAAAUGGCAAAUACUUGAAUUGCGCCGAAGGCAAGCAGAGAACGUGUGGGAAACACGGUGGUUCGUCCACGCGUCUACACAAGGCAGCACCAGAAGUCUUUCCUUCUACGUUUGUUUCUUCUUUCACGAGCUCUGUGGAAGACAGACAAAACACUCUCCGCCUGCCGGAGCUUUCUUUGCUGAGAAAGAAAGCUUCAAGGACAGGCAGCGCAGGAGGAUGGCGACGAACCACCCAUGGUUAUUUUCACAAGCAUCAAGACUGAUAAUCGAAAGAGGAAACUCGUUGAUUUCCGUUUGCUCGGCAGUUCACGAGGACCGCAAACAGAACAAGGGUGCAAUCGCAUACCGAUGAAUUCCAAUUUCGGUGAUCCUGCAAACUCAAAACUGCCAUCAGAAGUCACCCGUGCCAUCGCACUUACGCUGCGAAGGAAGCACCGAGCACACUCUAGGUAUGUUACCAUGGACUUCAUCAACAGCCCACAAUUUGCGUGCGCUGCUAAUGCGUUUAUUAUCACAUCUAUCUCUGCGGAAUCUGUAAGUUCAACCCUGUUGGUACAGCUUAAUUUUACGUGUAGUCUGUAUUUGCCCAAGCACCGUUCAUGGGAAACGGUCGCACCAGAAAUUUUGCGCGUUGCCUACGGUGUGAUGUAAGCAUUAUGAGAGGUUUGUCUGGUGUGCUUUGUUAAAGCAGUCUCCACAGUGAUUCCUCGAAACAGCAACCCAUGAGGGGAUGAAUGCAUGCGUCCAAGGAAAUUUUUUUUGCGGGAUCCGCAGAAAAUGGCUUCGAAGCUAUAAAAGGUGGCCACGUAGGGCGGCCGCUCAAGGCGACAGCAGAACGAAAGUGGAUUGGGUUUCACGAGCUCUAUA